GAGGCAUAGAGGCCUGAGUAUUGUGCUGCGCUGUGCCAUUCUUCUUCCUCAUGAAACUUUUUUUUUUUGUUGCUCUUUUAUCUCAAUCCAAAAUUUGAGCUAAAUAUCAUCGGAAGUUGCACACAACAGUUGAACAUGUGAUCAAAUGAUUUGCGGCGUAGAAAUUUGAGUAGAGUAAAGCAAAACUGGGGACAGUUAACAAAACAACAAUAAUGAUCAUACCAGUUAUUAAGCUUGGAACGCUUGCUCUGAGGACCAUCUCAAAGCCAAUCGCUAAUAGGCUCAAGAAAGAUGCCGAUCUUCUGAUCCGCCCGCUGAACGAGGAGAGGGCUGUACAAGCAGCCGCAGAUAUUCUUGGAGAACUCUUCGUUUUCGCAGUAGCAGGACUUGCUUUAGUCUAUGAGGUGCAAAGAAGUUCAAGAGCAGAGGCUAGGAAGGAGGAAAAGAGGAAGCAAGAAAUGGAGGCGAUACAGCAAAAGAACCAAGAACUAGCGAAAGAAGUUGAAACUCUAAAGAAUAAGGUGGAAGAAGUUGGAAAUUUGCAGCGCAAAUUGGAAGAGGUGGAGCUGGCUGCCAAAAGAUGCAGCAUGUUCUGGAAUGCUCAGACAACUGCUUACAGAUCGGAAAGCAGACUCAAGCAAGCAACACAGGAGAGUUCAUGCACUGACUUAGGCACAAUUGGAUACAAUUGACCCACAAAUGUUGCCGCCCAAAGAAACAUGCUCUUUGAAAGCGGUAUUUUACAAGUUGCCCUCUGCGUGCAACUGAUAAGCGUAUUUUCCUAGCAAUUACUAUGGUGUGAAAGUGAAAACUUUUCACUACAUUUUGGUGAGAUAGGAGAAGCUUUUGCUAGUAAUUCGCUGAUGCUUGCCCUCCGUACUCGAGCUUUCAAUCUGUGAAGCUGGUUUCUAAGCUGAAUUGAUUUUGUUCAGAUGGCUACCGAGCA